AGUAAAGGCGAAGGAGUAAGGCGAGAUGCAGGACGUGCAAGGAUCCUCCAAGGCGAUGAAGGUGCUGGCCAGCAUGGUUCUGACGGUUUUUUUUGCGGCCAGCCAGUUCGUGGUGGCAAUGGGACAGGACAUACCACCGCUACUAAUAAACAUCGGUGUUAUCAGAGAUACGAGGGAAACUACGACGACCGAAACGGUUUUAGUAACGGGACCAGUGGAGCGCCUGAACGACUCGCAGCAGAUACUCUUUACUGCAACGCAACUUAUGACGGUUUCCUCUGCUGGCCACCAACUCCUGCUGGUGAAACCUCGUACCAACAUUGUCCCGAUAUUCGGCUGAGUGACGCGAGAAAGUUCGCGUAUCGAAGGUGCGGUGCGGAUGGGUUGUGGGUCGGGCGACACCUAAAUGAUACCUCUGCUAUCGGUUGGACCAACUAUACGCCCUGUUUCCCUGCACUCGUACAAAACCUAUUUGAUAAAGUAUAUGAUGACGAAGAUGAAGCACAGAUCAAAUUCGAAACGGCAGCGUACACCCGCACUCUGGAAAUGGUUGGGUAUACGUUGUCUUUCCUUGCAAAUUUGGGGGCAAUAUAUAUAUUCAGCGUAUACCCAGCUCUGCAUAAUAGACGAACUAUAAUACAUAGAAAUCUAUUUUGUGCGCUUUUAACGGAAACUGCCGUUCGAAUUUGGCUGUACUGGAAUCAAGUCGAGUAUAUCAUUGGCAAGGAGCAAGUUGAGGAUAAUCUGUGGAGACGCAUCGAGAAGAUCCCGUAUGUCUGCGAGAGCUUUUACGUACUGCUAGAGUACUCACGCCUCGUAGUCUAUGCUUGGAUGUUCAUCGAAGGCAUCUUCCUCAACACACUGGUCUCGGCAAACACGCUCCGUAAUGAGAUUCCAAUAUUUUACUUUUACGUCGGUGGGUGGGUGACACCCAUCUCUGUGAUAGCUGUUUGGGUAUCUGUGGUGUCGUCACAUUAUUCUGAUGACGAUGUUAGAAGUUGCUGGUAUGGGUACAACUACUUACUAUCCUACUACAUAGUUCAGGGGCCAAUAUUCGCCAUUCUCGCGAUCAACUUCAUAUUCUUGGGAAGCAUUAUGAAGGUGAUAGUCACAAAAUUACGUCGUACGAACGAUUCCGAGCUUAAAAAGAUGAAGAAAACGGUCCGUGCUGCUUUAAUACUCUUGCCACUGUUGGGCAUUGUCAACGUAUUCAAUCUGAUUGAGUACCCUCUAGAUGGGUCAUCUACAGGUUUCGCCAUCUGGGCGUACGUCACUCAUUUCUUCCGCUCAUUCCAAGGAGUCUUCAUUUGCACCAUCUACUGCUUUAGGAAUGCGGAGGUCAUCAAGGUGAUUUCCAAAGCCUGGGAAAGACGUAGAUGCUGUGCAAGACGAAGACGCCGAAAACCGCCCAAAUUCGAAAUACGGCGGACUCGACCGAUCUUCCAUAUAACCGACAAUGAAGGCAAUGAACAAAUCCAGAUGACAAUGUUACCGUAUAGACGCCCAUCUAGCACAGGCAUUGACGUCGAAGCCGGACCCAGCCGUUUUAACGCUCACACGUUCUCAGAAGUCACAGUACACGUACCAACAGAUAAUCUUCCCAUGUCAAACUUAUUAAGCAACAUCGAAAGAAGGCGAACCUCGUCGGAAUUACCUCUACGCGUAACCCAGCCAGUAGACCGAAUACCCGGUUUCCAUCAAUACAACUGUCACACUCUUCACAGGUACCACAGGACCACGUUACACACAGUACCCAGAGCUCGUCGUCACCAAUUCUACCGACCAGGUCUGGUAGGCCAUGGUAACCGCAUGGGCCGCCUCUCAAUCAGCAGUUGUAUCUAAACCACCAAAGAUCCACGACCAUAAGAAAGCCAGCCCACCUUUAUUAAUUAAUUUUACAAGAGACUUUAUUAGUGAAUAAAAUUAAGUGCAUCGAAGUACAUCGUUAGGUUUAAAAAAAGAAGUACAUCAGUUAGGUUAAAAAAAGAAGUUAGGGUAUAAAAGAAGUACAUCAGUUAGGUUAAAAAAAGAAGUUAGGGUAUAAAAGAAGUACAUCAGUUAGGUUAAAAAAAGAAGUUAGGGUAUAAAAGAAGUACAUCAGUUAGGUUAAAAAAAGAAGUUAGGGUAUAAAAGAAGUACAUCAGUUAGGUUAAAAAAAGAAGUUAGGGUAUAAAAGAAGUACAUCAGUUAGGUUAAAAAAAGUUAGGUUAAAAAAGAAGUACAUCAUGUUGAACAAAUAUAUUAUUAAUAUUUUAAGCCGAUUGAAAAGCGAAACAGAAAGGACUCCAAAUAUAUAAACCGGAGUGGGAAAGAAAGAGAGUAGGACUGGGUUACUGAUCCUCAAACAUCAGCCCCCAAAUAUCAGUAACCCAGUGCAGGAAUGUUAGCCAAAGUAAUUGAACUUUUUUAUAAUCUUGUCCUCAUAAUAAGUAUUGUUUAUAUACCUCUGAAUAAGAUAAUCUUAGGAGAAUAGGUAGAUUUUUUUUUACUGUAUCAUAAAAGAUUUAUAUUUUGAUGUCAAGAAUAAAAAGAAAAUUUCUUGAUAAUAAAAAAAUAAAAUUCAUAAAGAG